CUUCUCAGAGCGGGGUAAGCAGCCUUGCCUAGUGCUUAGCUGAUCGGACAUACUUUCCCUGCUGCUUCCACGCCAUGGCCUCAGAGCGGGGGAAAGGUCCAGGGUUGCGCCCAAAUGUCUUCGGAGUGGGGGCCGAGCAUGGGAGGUGUGGUGGGCGCGCAUCGGAGUGAGGCUAGGGGUCCAGUGAGAAUGGUCUCCUAUAAGAAGGCUACCUUUGUGAGGCUUGAGACAUCCACUGUCCAACGAUGAAGAGCACCCUGGCUCUCCUGGACCUUUGUGGAAGCGCCCUUGCUGCACCCGCGCCUCGGGCUGCUUGUCCCGAUGUGCACGUCUUUGGUGCGCGCGAGACGACCGCACCCGCUGGCUACGGGUCCGCCGGGACGGUGGUGAACCUCAUCCUCAACGCGCACCCUGGUGCGACUGCUGAGGCCAUCAACUACCCUGCCGCGGGUGGAGACAGCUACGGGGCCUCGGUGCAAGCAGGCGUAAAAGCCGUUGCUAGCCAGGUGCAGUCGUAUGCGUCGCAGUGCCCCAACGCCAAGCUCGUCCUCGUCGGCUACUCGCAGGGCUCUCAAAUCAUGGACGAUGCCAUGUGCGGCGGAGGCGAUCCCAACCAGGGCAUCUCCAGCACCGCACCUGCGAUUCCCAGCAGUGUGGGUGCCAAAGUCAAGGCCAUGAUCUGGAUGGGCGACCCGCGCCACACGCCCGGCGCGCCCUACAACGUCGGCACCUCUACCGCUGCGGGUUUUGAUCCACGGCCCUCUGGCUUCGUCUGCUCCUACUCGAGCAUCAUCCAGUCGUACUGCGAUGCGGCGGACCCUUACUGCUCCAACGGAAAUGAUGCCUCUGUCCACCAGGGCUACGGCAAGGAGUACGGGCAGGCUGCGCUCCGCUUUGUCAAUAGCAAGCUGUGAUCGCCGUCUGCCUUGCACAUUAAAUCCCCGGCAGAUGCCUUUGUCGACUAUCAGUCAGUCUUCUUGAGACGGCCAACUAUUCCACAGAGGGGACCACGCUCUUUGCAUUUGCUCUUCUCGCUUUAUUCCAGCGCUUCGCACGUAGUAGUAGUAGUAAUGUAGUAGUAGCAGUGGGUAAGCUAAAUCACGCAG